AUGUCCGGGACCCGAGCCUCUAACGAUCGGCCCCCCAGCGCGGGCGGCGUCAAGCGGGGGCGGCUGCAGCACGAGGCGGCGACCACCGGCUCCCGGGUGACCGUGGUGCUGGGCGCGCAGUGGGGGGACGAGGGCAAAGGCAAGGUGGUGGACCUGCUGGCCACGGACGCCGACAUCAUCAGCCGCUGCCAGGGAGGCAACAAUGCUGGCCACACCGUGGUGGUGGACGGCAAGGAGUACGACUUCCACCUGCUGCCCAGCGGCAUCAUCAACACCAAGGCUGUGUCCUUCAUCGGCAAUGGAGUGGUUGUCCACUUGCCGGGCUUGUUUGAAGAAGCAGAGAAGAACGAAAAGAAAGGCCUGAAGGACUGGGAGAAGAGGCUCGUCAUCUCUGACCGGGCCCACCUCGUGUUCGACUUUCACCAGGCAGUGGAUGGGCUCCAGGAGGUGCAGCGGCAGGCCCAGGAGGGCAAGAACAUCGGCACCACCCGGAAGGGGAUCGGGCCAGCCUACUCAUCCAAGGCCGCCCGCACCGGCCUCCGCAUCUGCGACCUCCUGGCCGACUUCGACGAGUUCUCCACCCGAUUCAAGAACCUGGCGCAGCAGCACCAGUCCAUGUUCCCCAGUUUGGAAAUAGACGUGGAAGGUCAACUCAAAAGGCUCAAGGGCUUCGCUGAGCGGAUCCGCCCCAUGGUCCGAGACGGCGUUUAUUUCAUGUACGAGGCGCUCCAUGGCCCCCCCAAGAAGAUCCUUGUGGAGGGCGCCAACGCAGCCCUCCUCGACAUUGACUUUGGGACCUACCCCUUUGUGACGUCCUCCAACUGCACGGUGGGCGGCGUGUGCACCGGCCUGGGCAUCCCACCCCAGAACAUAGGCGAGGUCUACGGCGUGGCCAAGGCCUACAGCACGCGCGUGGGCAUCGGCGCCUUCCCCACCGAGCAGAUCAACGAGAUCGGGGACCUGCUGCAGAGCCGCGGCCAUGAGUGGGGCGUGACCACAGGCAGGAAGCGGCGCUGCGGCUGGCUGGACCUGAUGAUCCUGAGAUAUGCCCACAUGGUCAACGGAUUCACCGCGCUGGCCUUGACGAAGCUGGACAUCCUGGACACCCUGGACGAGAUCAAGGUCGGCGUGGCGUACAAGCUCGGCGGGAAGCGGAUCCCCUACUUCCCAGCCAACCAGGAGAUCCUGCAGAAGGUGGAGGUGGAGUACGAGACGCUGCCGGGGUGGAAGGCGGACACCACGGGCGCCCGGAAGUGGGAGGACCUCCCCCCACAGGCCCAGAGCUACAUCCGGUUCCUGGAGAACCACGUCGGAGUGGCAGUGAAAUGGGUUGGUGUCGGCAAGUCCAGAGAUUCGAUGAUCCAGCUGUUUUAG